ACUGCCUUGCCGAAGAGCACUGUAACCGCGAACAAGUUCAAAUGACAGCAACACAAACUCGCACAACUAAAAACUAUAAAAAUAAAAACUGGGGAAAAUAUUUGAAGUGUAAAGGUCGCCUUAACACUUCGAAAUAAUGGACCAUCUCGCCCCACCAUCUCCGAUAUGUAUGGCCUUAUCAAAUCCAGUCGUGUUGCAAGAAAUAUUUCAGUACAAAUCCCUCUGCGGAAAAGAACUCCGUCUCGUCUCCAAACUUUGGAACGACGUGGUUUUGUCCCUCGCAAAACCGAAACUAUGUCUUCAACUCAACCUCAAAGAAAAAGAUGCUUGCUGUGACCAUGCUAAAUUUCUGAAAACUAUUUAUCCCACCCUCUCUACACCCAAGCUAUGCAGAUCGAUCACGAUUUCUAAAGGAUGUAAACGCUACGUAAAUUUCGAUGAUGCAAGUACUGCAAGUAAUCUCAUCGGAACGUUACACUCCCGGGUGGCAGAAAUAUUAAUUUUAACGGUAUGCAACAAGUACUCUGAUACAAUUCAAGAAAUCACGGUCCAUUGCAGAGUCGCCGUUCUUCCCACCCUUUACCAAUCCUUGUCAGUAUAUUGUCCUCAAUUGAAGCGGUUAACUGUUGAAUGUCGCCCAAGGGGGAUGGACCCCGCUCUAGAAAAGCUUGGUGCUCCCCUCCCAGUAAAAUCUAAACUUGAGUGCAUUCGAUUCAUCAUGGACGAUCAGGCGAACCCUUUCAUGCAGCAGGUUCUCAACGCCGCACCGAAUUUGAAGACACUCUUCAUUACGGGAAACCUGUACCCGGAUCUGAGCCAGAAUCCGAAUCUUGAUCACCUUUGCCACAUUGGGCGGGGCGGUCCUUCUAGCCGGGGGUUUAACGGUAACGCCCUAAGUCGUGUAAUUUCUCAGGUCGCGAAUUCCUUGACCCAACUGAAAGUUGGAUUUAACACGUAUCGUGGAAAGUAUUGUCCGUUGACUGGUCCGAAGGAAUUCUCCCUUCCGAGGAAUAUGCCCCAGUUGAAGAUUCUCCACAAUCGAUGUAUUGAUAUCUUCAAAUGUCCGGAUGAAAUGGGGGGAUUAAUUGGUGCCGUGAAAUAUCAGAACCUCGAUCAACUUAUUUUCGGGCGAAGCAACGCGGCGGGGAAAGACGCGCUGGACAAUUUUCUGGAAAAAUUAUUUAAUUGUGGAGACGUGUUGUCCCGCACGGUGAAGAAAGUCGUGAUUAAAGACGUGCCAGAGAGCCUUGGACUGUUGGCUAAUUUGAAAAUUGUGUACCCAGCGGUGACCGAGUUGGAGCUAUUUUUCCUUCGUGAUGAUGGGAUUACUUUACGUGGAGACGUAAAUCAGGCCGUGUUCAGAAGUCAGAUUCAAUUGCUGCUAUCAAUCAGAGGGUUGACGAAGAUUACGCUGAAUAUGACGCUCGAGUUGAGUCUGUCCGGCCUAGUUAAGGGACUUGCGGACAAUAAGUACUUAUUCAAAGGAAAGGAACUUAAGCAGCUGAAAUUGCUCAGAGGAUCAGACACCGACAUUAUUGUCGAUGACUUGGACGACGCUGGACAAACAAAGAGAUUUGGUGUUGGGAAUUUUAUCCAAGAGUUUGAGAACGUCCUUCUCGCCAUGAAGGAUCUGGAACUUGUUGAGAUAUCCGCCGUAACGUUCCGUGGACCAACAGCACAUCGUGUCAUAAGCUUUAUUCGUGAUGAAAAUCUACCUGUACGAUUUUAUUGAUAUUUACAGUUGUUCGUAAAUUUGUGUAGUUUUAAAGCAAAAAUUGUAUGACAUAAUUUUCUCUGUUACCUAGCUAUAAAAUUACAACAAAGCGAAUACGAAGGAAAUUUAGGUAGGACAGAAUUUUUAUGCUCAACAGCUCAAUUCCUUUGUAAGACUAGAUUAAUAUUAGAUUAGAAAAGUCGACGUUAGAUCCUAUUUACAUAAAGAAUGAUUUAAGGUAAUUAAUUGUCAUGCCCAGUGAACUGCACAUGAAAGUUUUAGGAAAAAAGUAGUGACAAAUAUUUUAUAGUUAAACUUAUUAAGUUAAUUUAAGUUGUGGUACAUGAAAAUAUAAAUUUUAAUGCAAAAAUCGUAUAUAUUUAUUGACAUCAAUAAUAACCAAUUUCAACAAGUA